UGUGUUCUAGAAGAUUCCAAUAAUCCAUGUUCGAUUGCUGUAGGGUUGUUGUUCUUAUUUGUUACUUUAUUUUAAGUCGGUAAAUGUAAAUAAUAUAUUCUUACGAACAAUUGUUAAGGCUGUGAUUUUAGUUUUCCCUUUUCUAAUCAAAUUAUUAUUUGUCCGUUGCGACCGAAGAAAAAGCUGCGUCCAUUGUAUUUUAUUAAACUACGUAAUUAAAAUCAUAAGAAUUCAAUCAUUACCUACAGUAUUUAUGAUGGCUUCUUGUGUGGGUGAAGAAAAUAAAGUUGUCAUCAAAAAAGAUUGGUACCAGUCAGAAUCCCAAGUGAUUGUUAGCAUUUUGGGUAAACAUACAUCAUCAAAAGAAGACUGUAACGUAAAAUUUGAUACACAUGAAGUAACUGUUCAAGCCAAAUUUGCCACUGGUCAACCCUACACUGUUCAUUUAAAACUUAGCAAACCUAUUGUACCCAACUUCAGUACCUAUAAAGUUCUCUCGUCUAAAUUGGAGAUACGCCUUGCAAAGACUGAAGGGGGAAUGUGGGACGUACUAGAGAGAACUGUAGUUAAAACAACUAAGCCUUCCACUAUUCAGCCCCGUAAUUGGGAUAAGGUUGUCAAAGAAAUGACAAAAGAAGAAGAAGACGGUGAUGUUAACACUUUGUUCAAAAAAAUUUAUUCAGACGGUUCAGAUGAAGUGCGCAAGGCUAUGAAUAAAUCAUUUUUGGAAUCCGGAGGCACUGUUCUAAGUACCAACUGGAAAGAUGUCGCCAAAGAUAAAGUAGAUAUUAAACCUCCGGAAGGAAUGGAGUGGAAGAAAUGGGAUGAAUAAACAAAACUGUAUAUACUAUUAUGUUAAUUAAGUGUUUGACUUUCUCUGAAAAUAAUAUAAUAAAAAAAAUGAUUUUUUACU